GUGGCCGGCCGGACUUCAUUCCACAGAUGUGCUUUAACAAAGUGUGAAGCUGAACUCUGAGCUGUGACAGUGUGAGCAGUGUGAGAGUGUCAGUAGAUGAUCAGCAGAGGAAAGUGAGAGCUGCUGUGAGCUGAUGUCCUGAAGGGCUUUUAAAGAGUCUCUGAGUUUGACAGGAACAUGAAGAUGUUUGUGGUGUUUGUGAUCCUCCUGCACGUUUCCCAGCAUGCCUCAACUCUGGAGGUGUAUGAGGGGGUGGAGUCUGUCCUGCUGACCUGCAAGGACACUUCUGUACCGUCUUUGGCCAAUCUGGUGUGGGCUCGCCACGACCUCGAUCCUCCAAUCGUCCACGAGCGUAAUGAUGCAGGAGAUGAACUGAGAGACCAAAACCAGCGUUAUAGGAGAAGAACGUCCAUGAAGACAGACUCUCUGAGGACCGGAGACUUCAGCCUCACUCUGAGGAACCCCAUCAUCUCUGAUAGCGGCAACUACACCUGCACCAUCACUGCAUCUGGAAACACAAUGACACUGACUACAGUAGAGCUGCAGGUCAAAGUGUCCCACCAAGUCCUCACCCUGGAGGUGUACGAGGGGGCGGAGUCAGUCCGGCUUCCCUGUCAGAUCCCAUUUGUAUCUGGACCCACCACAGUGGUGUGGAGCCGCCACGACCUACAACCUCCAACCGUCCACCAGCGUCAGCAGGAAGAGGACGAGCUGACAGAUCAAAACCAGCGUUACAGAGACCGAACAUCCAUGAAGACUGACGCUCUGCAGACUGGAGACUUCAGCCUCACUCUGAGGAAACCCCACAUCUUUGACAGCAGCAACUACACCUGCACCAUCAGAGUGACGGGAGAAGAACCCAGACUGACAGAUGUUCACCUGCAGGUCAAAGAGCCGUACGUUUUUCCUGCUGAGGCCUGGGUCCUCCUGGCUGUCUUGAUUACUGCUGUACUCGUGGGUCUUGGAGUAUAUCUUUGGAAAUUACUCAAAAAAGUCCCCCAGGUGGAGGUGGAUUCAGGGGUGGAGUCUGUCCAACUGCCCCUCAAAACCACACUUCACCUGCCUGAAGACGCUAAAGUGGAGUGGAAGAUCAGUCCAUACACAAAGGUCCACGUGUAUAAGAACGGCUCUGACCAGCCUGAAGAACAGGACCAGGUUUACAAAAAACGAACAAAGAUGAAUAAAGACCUUGCUCGCCGGCUGGUCCAGAUGGGUGUAGACACGAUUGAGCAGAUAGAUGAUGGCGUCCUCUGUUCUGAGACAAGGCUGAUAGGCAAAUUGAAGGGGAUCCAGAUGUGGUCUGAGAAUGGGUCGCAACUGGUCCAGGAUGAGCCUUUCCAGGGUCUUCAUGAUGUGGGAGGUCAGUGCCACGGGCCUGUAAUCCUGGGCGCCGCUGGGACGUGGCGUCUUUGGAAUAGGGACGAGGCAUGA